CGGGCUCGAGCGACGGUCGGCCGUUAUUAUGAGAGCCGCAUUAGAUUAUAUCAGCUGAAUGAGGAGCAGGAAUAUGAAGUUCAGCAUUUAAAACAUCUGCAACUGCUGCAAUACAAGCUGAAAUGGGGGAAGAUGCUAUUGUGGUUAUGAUGAGUCAAACUAAUGCUGGAUUAUUCUGAAGGGGCGUAAUAAUAUCUCACCUUACAAAAUACAGGAAUCUUGGGAACACAAUGAAAUAUUAAAGCAGAAAUGGAGAUUAUUUGUGAUGCCAUCAAUAGAAUUAAGUAUACAGCAACAAUUAAGGAGUAACUCCAGACAGAUACUCGAAUAUCAGCACAAGAUCAAGAUACAAAUUCAUAUUUAGACUGGCUAAGUUGUCACUCAAACUGCAGACAGUAAAUAUGAAUAUUCCAUUAAGUAAAUCUGAGGGGGAAACAAUUAUAAAGAGACAAAUGGUGAAAAAUGACAUGAAUAGCUGGGAAAUAUCCAGAGAUUCUUUCAGUCCGGUAGGUGGCGGUAAUGCAGCUUAAAGCUGGAUGCCAACCGCCAAUCAAAUCAGAAGAAGAAGAGGCUGUGUGGCUGAUGCGCACGCGCGCCAACCGCGGCGGGUAAAAUGAAAGCUGUAAACAACCGACAGUCCAUAGCAACCGAGACUGAGGAAUAACUCGAGAUCUGCUCAUUACAUGUUCGUCUCAAAAUAGCUCGCAACUUUUAUGUUUGGGACAGUGAGCUGACAGGUGUGGAGUAAACAAACUAAACAGACUGAAGGAGCGAGAAUGAGCUCUGUGUUGGACGAUCCGACCCUUGAGAGGCACUUUAAGGGUCACAGAGAUGACGUCACGAGCCUGGACAUCAGCGCUAACAUGAAGCAGAUCGCCUCGGGCUCCAUGGACGCGUGUGUGAUGAUCUGGAACAUGAAGCCUCAGAUGAGGGCCUACAGGUUUGUGGGACACAAGGAUGCGGUGACGAGCGUUCAGUUCUCGCCCUCCGGUCAUCUGCUGGCCUCGGCGUCCCGAGACAAGACGGUGCGGCUCUGGGUGCCCAGCGUGAAAGGCGAGUCGACGGCGUUCAGAGCUCACACGGGAACGGUGCGCAGCGUCAGCUUCUCCAGCGACGGACAGACGCUCGUCACCGCGUCUGAUGACAAGAGCAUCAAAGUCUGGGCCGUCCAUCGGCAGAAGUUCCUCUUCUCCCUCAACCAGCACAUCAACUGGGUGCGCUGCGCCAAGUUUUCGCCGGAUGGGCGGCUGAUCGUUUCUGCCAGCGAUGAUAAAACAGUGAAGCUGUGGGACAAGAACAGCAGAGAGUGCAUUCAUUCGUUCUGUGAGCACGGCGGAUAUGUGAACUACGCCGACUUUCACCCGAGCGGCACCUGCAUCGCAGCGGCUGGCACAGACAACACCGUGAAGGUGUGGGACAUUCGCACGCACAAACUCCUGCAGCACUACCAAGUUCAUAGUGCGGUGGUGAACGGCCUCUCCUUCCAUCCGUCUGGAAACUACCUCAUCACGGCCUCCAGCGACUCCACGCUCAAGAUCCUGGACCUGCUGGAGGGCCGACUGCUCUACACGCUACACGGCCAUCAGGGUCCUGCCACCUGCGUGUGCUUCUCCAGGACCGGAGACUACUUCGCGUCGGCUGGGUCUGAUGAACAGGUGAUGGUGUGGAGGACGAACUUUGACCGUGUGGAUUACAGCGCAGUGCUGGAGCAGAGAUGUGCUGCUUCUGUUCACAGCGGCUACAGCGGGCCGUCCGCACAGGUGUCAGAAGCCGCUGGUGUGUCCGAUGGCCGUACCUUACACAAGAGUGACAGCACAGCCCUCGUCAGACAGGCCGUGACCUCAUCUGGAGCUGGGGUGGACUCCCCGUCUGACUCCCCGCCGCAGCAGACGGCAGUGGACAGUGUUCCCGCAGCGCUGACCAGCACCCUGCAGCACAUCGUCGCACAGCUGGAUGUGCUCACACAGACGGUGGCCAUUUUGGAGCAGCGUCUGACGCUGACUGAGGACAAACUGAAGGAGUGUAUGGAGAAGCAGCGUCAGUCCAUGUCUGAGAACUGAUCAAACCGAGCUACAGCUACCUCAGUGUCACCUGCUCACCAACCACCGUCCAGACAUGUUCGUGUUAAAGAUCCACAGUGAUAACAGUGGAUAAAAUCAGAAGCAGUCUCAUUAUUUGGUGGCAGAUGUUUUGUGCAGGUUUUUGCCUUGAGCAGCAGUGUGUGGAUGGAGGUUUGUGCUGAGCGUGGACGUGCUGCAUCGGCUCCACUGUAAUCCAUCCUAAAAACCACAAACUGAAACUCAUCCUUGGCUGAAAUCUGAUAAGAGAAAUCAAAACAUGAAGCCCUCUUUCUCUACUUACAAACGGUAUGUUUGUCCUGAACUUUCAAACUGUCAUUUUCUUUUUCACAUUUGCUGUCUCAUCUCCCCGUGUAACUAAACACUUUUUAUUUUUGUCUGUAAAAAUGCCAGUAAAUGUGUUUAUUUAA